AUGGAGACCGCUGGCCUCGUCAUCGGAGUUGCUGGGCUCGCUGGACUUUUCACCUCCUGCGUAGAGGCCCUUGAUAAAAUACAAUCUUACCGGACCUUCGGAACCGACUCGCACGUCUUGAAUACUCAAUUCAAAGCCGCUAGAGCUCGCUUCGAGCGAUGGGGUCCAGGCGUGGGCAUCGAACAGGGCCGACUAAAACACGCUCAUCACCCAGCCCUGGAUGAUAAAGCCGUUUCCGAUGUAGUAGCCGAAUUAUUACAUAUCAUCGUCGAGGCGAUUUGCGAUGCUGGCAAUGUACCUCCCCGUCGAGCUCGGGGUACAGGCUUUGACAACAAGGACUCAGUAGAGCGUGGCCGACCGACGGCCCGCAACACAAUGCACGAGUCGAAGACGAAGAAGAUGUCAUGGGCGUUAUGGGGUAAAGGAAAGCGUGCAGAGCAAGUUGAGAUAUUCGAAAAACUGGUCCAACAACUGCAUAAUCUGGUGCCCCCGAGAACGGAGAAUAAUCCAUGGUCAGCGGGAAAUCCAGACGCUGGUCGUACCGAUACACUCACUCAAGGAGCUGAUCCAGGCCACGGAUGGUACGAUGAGAUCCGUCGCGUCUUGGAACGAAUUAAGGAAGACAUUGGAGCCGAAGCGCGCCGUCAAGUUCUUGCCUGGCUUAGCAGUUGCCCUCCUGACGAGCGCUACCAUGACUCCCUUCAGAAAAAACUCCCAGGUACCUGCGAUUGGAUUCUUGACCGCACUGCGUUUAGCCGCUGGUUAGCCGGAGGAUCCACAAACCGAAAACUCCUAUGGGUCAAUGGGCAUGCGGGGUUUGGAAAGACGAUCCUCAGUGCCCAUCUCGUCGACCAUCUUUCUUCUACCCUGAGUGCGCCCGUUGCCCAUUUCUUCUUUUCUUCAGAUCAUGCGAGCCGAGAAGACCCUUUCUUAGCCCUACGGUCAUGGAUAUCCCAAAUCGUAUCGCAGAAUGAUGAUGCAUUCGAACACGCCCGCCAGAGUUGGAUCUCUGACGUGGACCUUGUGGCAACUCGCGUGACCAUCAUCACCCUCUUCAAGCAACUCUUACGCGACAUUCCUGGAUGUAUUCUUAUCGCCGACGGCCUCGACGAAUGUACCUCAAUCGCAAAGUUUCUUCGCGAUGUCGUAGAUUCCGUUGCUGGAACAGAGACACGAGUCCUUCUCGUCAGUCGUGACGAGCUCGCCAUUCGGGACGCACUCACGGACGGUACGCGGGAAACCUUCGACGAGUAUAGGAUAACGCUCGAAGAUGUUCGACCAGAUAUUAAUGCCUACUCUCAUGCCAUCGUUAGCAGAAAGCUUUGCAACAAGAGCGACGAUGUCCGAUCGACCCUUUCCGAGGCGAUGUCCGAUCGUUGCCAAGGCCAAUUCCUCUGGCUUAAGAUGCAAGAGGAGUGCCUUAGGGGAGGGAUGAACAAGAAACAACUCCAACGUGCUAUCGAGAACACGCCAACAGGCCUUGAUCGUCUAUACGACCACAGCUGGACCAAAAUCACCAAGUUGGAAGAAGAGGGAAGAGACCGAGCCUUCGCUCUCCUUCGCUGGGCGGCAUUUGCCUUACGGCCCCUUACUGUCUGCGAGAUUACCGAAGCUGCUCUGAUACUCACCUCUGGAGAACUAUCACGGGACGAUUUUCCCGACGCCGUAGAUGACGAGUAUAUCAAAAGCGAGAUAAUCGGUCUUUGUGGCCCUCUCUUGGAAGUGAGGAAGGGAUCCACUGGGUCCUCCCCAGGUCAACGAACGGUGCAUCUGCCGCAUUUCUCGGUCCGUCAAUAUCUUCUAUGCAACCUUCCUACUCCAGGCUGGAUAUACCAUGAGAACAUUUUGCAGACUUCUCAAGAGAAGAUGCAGAAUACCUUGCUUGCCAGGGCUUGUCUUCAAUACAUCUUCCUCCCGCAAAUUUGGCAAAAUAUUCCGGAUGACUCUCUUUCCCUAGGCGUCUCAUUGCGAGAAUAUGCAGCAGCAACCUUCCAUCAACAUACCAACUCUGGAUUAAAUGACAACGAAGAACUAACAAAGCUUUUGGUGCAGUUUUUCAGCAGAGACAAUCCUGUUUGGAAUGCUUGGCGGGCCUUUAUCGAGACUAAAACCCGACCAGACGCAGCGGCUGAGACCAUACCACCAAGCCCACUGUAUUAUGCUGUAAGGAUGAAGUUGAUGGCCGUGGCAAUAAACCUUAUCAAUGAACAGAGCGUGAACGAAGCCAGUAGCUUGGGAAGAACACCGCUUGACAUCGCUUGUGCUGAUGGGUCCAACGAUUUUGUUGCUCUGCUUCUUUCGAAGGGAGCCGAUUUCACGACGACGGACAACGAUGGCUGCACACCACUAAACUUGGCCUCGAAUGGCGGGCAUGCAGAAAUCGUCAAGAUGCUGCUGGAGAAGGGAGCCGAUUUUAUAACGGUGGACGAUUAUGGGGUGACGCCACUUUUAUUAGCUUCGUUUGAAGGCCAUGUUGAUGUUGUUAAGAUACUGCUGGAGAAGGGAGCCGAUCUCACGGUAGCAAACAACGAUGGCUAG